AUGCCAGGGCGCUCUGGGAGAACAUGUGCAGUUGUAGGCUGCCAUAACAGCAGUGGAAAACUACAAGUGUGGAAAAAAAGUGAGUGUUUAGAGCACAAGCCUUUACUCCGGGAGGACUGUCCCUGUCUGACUCCCUAUGGACUCCACAGAUUCCCCGGACGGGCGGAGGAUGCCGCUGUUCGCCAGCAGUGGAUUAAAAACAUCAACAGAAAGGACUUUGUCCCCAGUAAGAACAGCACGGUGUGUGGAAUACACUUUGUGGAUGGAAAGCCAACCAAAGAGCACCCGUAUCCAGUGCUGCAUCUUGGAUACGAACAUCAUGGAAUGUCACGUGGUAGACGACCCCCCAAGCGCAGACGUCAUGAGUCAUCAAAAGUCAACACAAGUGCUGAACUUCAAGUCAAAUCUGACACUCAAGUGAACCCUAAGGACCUGAUACCAGACAUCCAGCAGCCGUUGGCAAGUAAAGAAGAGCAGCAGGAGUGGAGCUUCAGUCUGGACCAGGACACUGGGCCCCCACAUAUUAAAGAGGAACAGGAGGAAUUUUGGAGCAGUCAGGAGGGAGAGCAGCUUCAAAGAUUGGAUCAGGAGGAUACCAAGGAGCCCUUCACUCUCGUCAUUGUAAAGAAUGAACAUGAUGAAGAGACACCCCAGUCCUCACGGCUUGAUCAGAGACCAACAAAGCAGAUGGAAACAGGACCUGAUGGAGAGGACUGUGGAGAAGCAGAACCAGCCAGGAACUCUGAUCCAGGGACACAUUUACAACCAGAGACUGAGGUCAAGACAGAAGAGUGUUCUAAGCCUGUGGCUGAUGUCAGUGAUGAUUGGGUGGUGAUCAGAGAGCAUCAGUCCAUUUUAUUUGCUCUGAGACAUGAUCACCACUUUCAUUGUAAAGGAACAUUUGGCUCUGACAGAAAUCAAGUCAUCUCCACUGAUUCUGACCAAACCUUUUACAAAAAUCACCUUCUGAAGAUCCACAGAACUAAUCUUGUAGGAGAUACAGAUUUCAGUUGCUCAGGAUAUAAGAACCAGUUUACAAAAGGAGGAUGUCUGAGCCAAGACAUUACAGUCCACAAAGGGGUUAAAAGGACAGCAGAAGAGGAGGGCCAUGACCCCCAAGUUAUGAAGAUGGAACAGGAGGAAGUCUGGAUUAGUCAGGCUGAUACGGACAAGCUCUUUCUGACUCCUGUCCCUGUGAAGAUUGAAGGUGAAGAGAAACCUCUUUUCUCACAUCAUCAGACACAAACUGAACAGAUGGAAAUAGGCACUGAAGGAAAUAACUGUGGAGGGGUAGAAUCAGCCAGGAACUCAGAUCCAGAGAGACAUUUACAACCAGAGACUGAAAAUAAGAUUGAAGAAUCUUCAGAAGCUGAGACUGAAGACAGUGAUGACUGGAUGGAUACCAGAGAGCAUCAUUCAGACUUCAACUCUUUGGAAAAUAUUGAUAAGAGACUUGAGAUGGUUAUUAAAUCACAUAAUUGCUCUGAAUGUGGUAAAACAUUCCAAAAGAAACAUCAUUUGAUACAACACAAAAGAAUUCACACAGGAGAUAAACCCUUCAGCUGCUCCCUGUGUAGUAAAAGAUUCAAUGAUAAAGGAAAUCUAACUACACAUAUGAGAACUCACACAGGAGAGAAACCUUUCAGCUGCUUUGUGUGUGGUCAAAGGUUUAAUGAUAAAGGAAAUUUAAAUAAACAUAUUAGAAUUCACACAGGAGAGAAACCCUUCAGCUGCCCUGUUUGCAGCAAAAGGUUUAACCGAAAACAUAAUCUAACCACACACAUGUUAGGUCACAGAGAAGAGAAACCCUUAGGCUGCUCUGUUAGUCACGCAAGUAUGUGUAAACAUUCAGAGCUCUACCACAACCAGACAGAGGAGGAAAGAGAGGCAGAAACAGGAGCGGAUGGAGAGAACUGUGGAGUCAGGAACUCAGAUCCAGAGAGCCAUUUACAAGCAGAGAUAGAGGUCACAACUGAAGAGUUCUCUGAACAUGACACUGACGGCAGUGAUGAUUGGAAGAAGACUAGAGAACAUCGACCAAGUUUAAACUUGGAUGGAUUAAGGAAAACUAAGAGACGACAGAAUGAUAAGAAAUCACAUAGCUGCUUUGAGUGUGGUAAAACAUUUAAGACAAAAUGGCGUCUGAAACAACACCUGAGAAUUCAUUCAGGAGAGAAACCAUUCAGCUGCCCUGAGUGCGGUAAAAAUUUUAGCCAAAAGGGUAAUCUUGCACCUCACAUGGCACGUCACAAAGGGGAGAAACGCUACAGCUGCAGCACUUGUCAUCAAGACUUCUUUUGGCACCUACAGUUAAAAAGGCACAAGUGUGUCAGAGGUCAGCCUUCAGAGCUCGAUCAAAACCAAACAGAGGAGGAAAGAGAGGCACGAACAGGAACUGAUGGAGGGGCUUGUAGAGGUCAGGAGCCAGCCAGAAACUCAGAUCUAGAUCCAAUUACAGCCAAAGACUGAAGAGACUCCUUAGCCUAAGACUGGCUGCAGUGAUAAUUGGACUGAGACCAGAAAACAACAGAUUAGGUUGCUUGAGGAAAGAUACAUUUCCUGUCAGUGAUUGGAGAAGUGAUGUUGGUGUGAAACCUGUCGGCUGAUCUGAGAAUAUUUAAACUUUGUUGAUUGCCUUGUGAGAGAGGCAAAUAGAAUACUAAAUGCAGUGCUGUGAGAAAGUGUGUGCCCCAUCCUAUUUUUGUAGAUGUAUCACACUUAAAUGAUCCAGAUAAUCAAACAAUUUUUUUAUAUAUUAUUCACAG